AUGCGUGGCACCAGCCCAAAUGAACUGGAAGGCGACCCCCAUCGACACACAUGCCUCGUCCCCUACGUGAACCCUGACUCGGCACCUCCAAAUAUCCAAGAAAAACUGAAAGUGCUGCCCUUUCGACGCAAUAUUCUCCUAACGUUAGCUCACUCACACGGUUUAUUCCCUCAUAUCAGCGGUCUACUUGGUGCUUGUUUUGACGGAAACCAGCGCAGUAUUCCAGUGCAUGAGUGGCAAUUGAUAGUGUUACGCGUCGGUACUGUUCUCCAGGCGAAGUAUGAGAUUGACGUUAAUAAGCCCGUGGCCGAGGUCUUCGGGUUUCCUCAAGAAAAGUUCAAUGCCAUCGGAUGCUCUAUUGAAGAAGUGAUGAAGGGUCGGGGGCCAUGGAGUAAUCGAGAUAGGGUGAUUCUCCGCAUGACCGAAGAGCAGUUGAGCACCUAUGACAAUAAGCCGGAAACAAUCGAGGAUGCUUUGAAAUUGCUGUCAGUUGGGGAUGUGGUAGAGAUUUUAUUGAUCAUUGGUGUGUACGCCAUGUUGGCCCGAGUGAUUAAAGGUCUCAAGGUCGACGAGGACGAACCGAUUCUCGAUCUAAAGAAAAUGAUCAAGACUGCAAUCACCGGAUGAAGGAUGCAUUUGGUGGAUCGUCCUAAGAGGUCAUUAUGAGGUUUUCAGUCAAAGAGAUAAAAUACCUUUACUCAGUGCACGAGAAUGAGGCAGAGUGAGGGGAACACCCUAAGAGCUCACCAUACUUGGUUGAGUAUAAAUCCCGCGCAGUCGCCAACCACAAAUCAUCCGUUUUCGGUGGGGUUGCAUCGUUGGUUGGGGUAUCCGCAUCACCACCCAGUUAUUGCUUACAUCUAGAACAAAG